UCCAGGCGCUAUAUUUAGUCAUACUCCAAGUGCAGUGCAACCUUACUUUUAACAUAAAAAGUCACAUGACACUGACGUCAUUGUUUACAUCCGGUUUUCAAACAGAAUUGAAAAAUCUGACAGAAACAGACAAGUUCUUCAAACUGUGAUCUAAAAUUGGUACACAAACCUUGUUGAUCUGUUAGAUGGUACACUACAUCAUGCUUAUGCAUUCAAGUUACCCACAUCAGAAAUGAUGUCAGCACAUAUACCUGAUCGAGUGUACAGAUUGAUAAAUCUCCAUGCUAGUUAUUCAAGAUAUCAAACACCUGAUUUAAGUCAUCACACAGACCUAUUUGAUCUGUUAGGUGGUACAGAUUGAUAAAUGUCACGGUGAUGAUGCACAUGAGAGAACAAAUCUGAGCUGAAUCCGGUCUAGCAUCCAUCCAUGAUGGAAGGCCAGGUGAAUCUAGGACCCCAGAGUAAACGAUGGAGCUGCCAUGUUUGCGGUUUACAUCUUUCAAGCAAACAACGUCUUCAGACCCACAUUAGUAGCAAACAUCCCUCUGCUGUUCUGCCAGAUAAUCUGCGGACAGACAGAGGAUUAUACAAGGCAUAUGAAUUAGAUCAUUCUUUGCCUGUGCCUAAAAGGACUAAGAUCAGACAUCAGUCAGCAGCUGACCACACAUCGAGGAACCCAACCGUUGAAACUGUUCCUCAGCUAAGUGAAGAGUUGUAUGAACAUUCAAAUGUCCUCUCCGAGCACAAUAUUUCCCAUACAAUUGAAUUUGAUAAAACAAUCAAUGCUGAAUCUAGCCAAGAAAAAUGUAUGGCUGUUCUUACAUAUAUGUCAAAGAUGCGUUUGACCGGAACUGCAUCAGAUCAGCUCAUAAGACUGCUAAAUAUAUGUGGGAAUUUAGACUUAUCCAAGGACGAAAUAAGCAAUUCCUGAAUGAAAAAGAGGUUAAAACAUUUGAUUAUUGCGAGUCUUGCUCCUGUCUAUUUCCCGAGGACAAAGACGUCUCCGCUGCAUUUCCCCAAUAUGCAGCGGAUUGCGGUACUUGGGACCAGCUGAUCAGCAACAUUUGAAAAGAUGCAAGUCCUACUUCGCUACAUCUUCCAUUCAUCUACAGAUACUGGAUAUCAUGGAAAGAACGAAAUUAGGAAAUAAUGGAAAAAUAACUCUAACCAUGAACACUGAUGGGGUGCCUCUCUAUCAUUCUUCAGCUGUCAGCCUCUGGCCAGUUUUCCUGGUGAUUAACGAGUUAAAACCUUCAGAAAGGUUUCUCAUGCAAAACGUCAUUCUCUGGGGGAUUUGGCAGGGAAGAGGAAAGCCAGUUUUUAGGACUUUUCUGACACCUCUAACUUCUGAGCUCAACAUUCUUCACCACAAUGGAGUCAUGCUUGAGGGAAAAAGAGUCGAUGUCGCUCUGACUUGCAUCACAAUGGACCUUCAGGCCAAAUGUCAAGUAAUGGAAAUGGUCCCUCACAAUGGAAAAUUUGCCUGCUCAACUUGUGAAAUAGAAGGCAUUGUAGAAAAAAAGGGAAAAAGCCACACUAAGGCUUUUCCUGUGUCAGAACCAUGUCCCUUACGAACAUGUAACUCCAUAUUAAAAAAUGCAGAAGAGGCUUUAUUGAGUGGAGUGCCUCAAAAAGGAAUAAAAGAUGUUUCGGUGAUGUUUGAUGUGGACCAUUUCAAUGCAGUAGAUGGUGUUGUUCCCGACUUCAUGCAUGGUGUCCUUUUGGGAACAACAAGAAAGCUCCUGACUUUAUGGACUGCAAAAACAUCAAAAGGACAGCCAUAUUACAUUGGGGACCAAGUAAAAGAAGUGGAUAACAGACUCUCUAAUAUGCGUCCGACUGACAAUAUGUUGAGACUUCCAAGAUCAAUAAAUGAUCAUCUCGGCCAUUGGAAAGCAUCAGAGCUGCAGCACUGGCUGCUGUUCUAUAGUGUCCCCUGUCUCCAAGGUAUUCUCCCCCCCCCCAUUUAUGGAGAACCUAUGUUACCUGGUGGAGGGUAUCUACGUAUUGUUAGGGGAAAAUCUGGAAAAUGGAGCCAUUGACGCAGCCGAGCUAAGCUUGAUGAAAUUUCAAAUAACCUUUGAAAACCUUUAUGGGGUGGAACAUUGUGGCCUCAACAUCCACAAUAUAGGAGUUCAUUUAUCAAACUAUGCAAGACUCCAUGGGCCGCUGUGGGGCUGGUCAUGCUUUGCAUUCGAGGAUAUGAAUGGCACUCUACUAAAAUCAGCCCAUGGGACUGGCAAUGUGUGUCGUCAACUAAUGCAGACAAUGCUUGUGCAAAAAAAACUGCAUGGUGAGGCUGCUGCCAUUCAAGACGACUACCUAAGGGAAUUUGCACUAGACAUGUUGAGCACUGGCAGGAGGACAAAAGCAACAAAAGAAUGUAUAAACUGCAGUUUGCUAGGAAAGAUGCAUCCAGUUGAUUCUGAAAAUCUAGAAGUCGGACAGGAGGUGAAGAAAUACACUGGCAAAGAUGUUUGCUCCCUUCAGAAGGUAUAUCGCAUUAAAUUGAAUGGACAACUGAUAUCCUCCAAAAAUUACAAACGGCUGCAGAGGAGAAACUGUCACACUGUUUUGUUAGAUAAUGGAUGCAUUAAAUCAAUAGAAUUUUUUGUACAUGACAAGGUCAGCAACAAAUGUUUUGCAUUCACUCAAGAGCUGACAGUGACUGGGUUCCUCCAUAACUGUACUACUCAUUUAAUUACAGUUGAAAAUGGCAGCAAAAAUGAAAUUGUGCCAGUUGAUGCAUUUGUGGAAAAAGUUGUUUGCUUGGAAGGAAUGAAGGACUGUGUCUGUAUAGCAAGAUUACCCACUUUUUACAAUCACUGUGUGUAGAUUGUGCCGCAACAAUAUUCUUGUUUGUUGUUAUGUUGUAAAUUUUCCACUGAGUAUUUCAGACGUACAUGGCAAUAUACUGAGAUUUAUGUUUCUUAAUUCAUGUAACUAUUUCAAUAAGGUAAAAUUUAAAUCAAAUUUUUAUGCGGCUGUUACCAAAUAAUAAAUGUCAAAUAUGGCCUAACAUAAUGUAGAAAAAUUAGAAUCUUAAAUCAUAUCAUUUUCUAACUUUUACUACACAUAAACAGUCCUUAUAACCUUCUAUUAUGUAGUUGUAAGUAGCAUAAGGAAUAUUAUGUCUGUCAAUUUAUUGCAUUUAUAAACUGCAUAUGUUUUUGCAAUAGAGUUUUGUCAUACAUGUAAUACCACAAUGAUCCUAUUAGUGUUUACAUUAUGUGCUGUAAAAAGAUUCCGUUCCUAGUUGACAACUCAUCAUUUUGUAAUAUUGGUUUGUUACUUAUGAAAAGUUACUAUUAGUAGCAUUCUAUAAAGUACCAAACCAUGUGUAUGAUUUGUUAUUGUCUGUUUUAUGAUUUACUAGUAUGCAUAGGCAAUAUGAAGGUUCAGUAAUUGGGUGCUUGUGCUAAAAUAUAACAUUAAACUAGUAAUUAUUCAAUAAAUGAUAUGUAUGUCUACACUUUCUUGGUGAAGCAUUUUGAGUUACUCAUGUUCAUUAGGCUAUUUCUUAAGAGUAAUUACAAUUUGUAUAACUGUAAGCCUUAAGAUUGUCUAUUGUUUCGUUUUUAAUAGAUAGUCUUGAAAAAGGUUUUAAGUUAUUUCCUUGCACAUAUACCCUUCAAUUAAAUAACUAAUAUACAAUGACUACAUGAUGAAGUGACAGACUUAAAUUGUUUUAAUUGAUAUUUUGUAUUGACAAUAAGAAAAUGCAUUAUAAAAUGUUGUCUUCAUAGUAUAUCCUUUACCAUGUUAAAAAGGCUAUAUAUUAAAAUAGUUAUUACAAUCUGAAAUUUGCAUUAAAGUUUAAGCCUUAAGAUUGUCUAUUGUUUAGUUUUGAAUAGAUUGUCUUGAAAACGGCUGAAAUUGUUUUGCACAUAAACCCUUCAAAAAUGUUAAACAAUUGCCUCAAAUAAGAUGUUAUUAUAAAUCAACUGUACUGUUUAAAAAAGCCAUGUUUGUUUAAAUAUGUAUUAUGAAAAGGAUUAAAUGUAUUGCCUUGAUGUAUUCAAAUACAGAAUCAUUAAACUGUUGUAAAUGUCAUAAAUAACACUUGUAU